AUGGUUGGGCUAGAGGAGCUGCCAGAGGAGCUAGUGCUUGACGUCCCUGAAGGGGUCGUUGCUGUGGUUGCUGUGGACGAGGAACUAGUGCCCGUUAAAGAAGCGCUGCUGCUAGAGCUGCUGCUACUGCUGGCUGAAACUGACGAGCUCGUUAAAACCGAUGAGCUGCUGGUGGAAGAAGACGACCCAGUCGUCGAAGAAGACAAUGACGUGGAAGCGCUGGAGCUCGUGGAGGAUGAGGAGGCCGUUGAAGCGGUGGUGCUCGAGAAUGUGCUCGACGACGUGCUCGACGAAGAGCUGCUACUUGAUUACUGCUUCGCUCCAACAGUUAUCGACUGGCCGGCAUCCUGGGUGCAUUUCAGUCCCGCUGCAGGGGAUGAAGUGGCCGUGGUUGUGAUUGUAGAUGAGGAGCUCAAACUGGGCGAAAUAGAGACGGACGAAGUCGAGCUCGCUGAAACUGACGAGCUUGUGCUGCUACUGCUGGCUGAAACUGACGAGCUCUGGCUGCUCGAAACUGAUGAGCUCUGGCUGCUCGAAACGGAAGCACUGGAGCUUAUCGAGGACGACGAGGACGACGAGGGCGAAGACGAGGAACCAAAGCUUGUAGAUGAAACCGACGAGCUCGUUGAAACCGACGAGCUGCUUGACACUGACGAGCUCGAAACCGACGAGCUACUACUACUACUGGAUGCAGACGUUGUAGAAGAGGCUAAUGAGCUCGAUGACUGA